GCCGCUUCAGCCGCUGCACCGCCGCGGGAGCUUUGUCAGCUGCCGCUGAGUCGCGCCCGCAGCCCGGCCGAGGAGGCUGCAGCCGCAGCCGGGAGCCCGCUGCCCGCGCCUCCAUCCCGUAGCCGCGCGCCCAGGGCGCCCCAGGCCGCACCAUGGUGAAGGUGACGUUCAACUCGGCUCUGGCCCAGAAGGAGGCCAAGAAGGACGAUCCCAAGAGCGGCGAGGAGGCGCUCAUCAUUCCCCCCGACGCCGUCGCGGUGGACUGCAAGGAUCCAGAUGAUGUGGUACCAGUUGGCCAGAGAAGAGCCUGGUGUUGGUGCAUGUGCUUUGGACUAGCAUUUAUGCUAGCAGGUGUCAUUCUUGGAGGAGCUUAUCUGUACAAAUAUUUCGCACUUCAACCAGAUGACGUGUACUACUGUGGAAUAAAGUACAUCAAAGAUGAUGUCAUCCUAAAUGAGCCUUCUGCAGAUGCCCCAGCUGCUCGCUACCAGACAAUUGAAGAAAAUAUUAAGAUCUUUGAAGAAGAUGAGGUUGAAUUCAUCAGUGUGCCUGUCCCAGAAUUUGCAGAUAGUGAUCCUGCCAACAUUGUUCAUGACUUUAACAAGAAACUCACUGCUUAUUUAGAUCUUAACCUGGAUAAAUGCUAUGUGAUCCCUCUGAACACUUCCAUUGUUAUGCCACCCAGAAACCUGUUGGAGUUACUUAUUAACAUCAAGGCUGGAACCUAUCUGCCACAGUCAUACCUGAUUCAUGAACACAUGGUUAUUACUGAUCGCAUUGAAAACAUUGAUCACUUGGGUUUCUUUAUUUAUCGACUGUGUCAUGACAAGGAAACUUACAAACUGCAACGCAGAGAAACUAUUAAAGGUAUUCAGAAACGUGAAGCCAGUGAUUGUGUCACAAUUCGGCAUUUUGAAAACAAAUUUGCCGUGGAAACUUUAAUUUGUUCUUGAACAGUCAAGAAGAACAUGAAGAAAAAUUUAAUACCACAGCAUAACCCCACCCUUUGUAUUUUGUGCAGUGAUUAUUUUUUAAAAUCUUCUUUCAUGUAAGUAGCAAACAGGGCUUCACUAUCUUUUCAUCUCAUGAAUUCAAUUAAAACCAUUACCUUUAAAAAAAUCUUUUCUUCUUUCUAAGUGUGGAGUCUUUUAUAUUUGAAUUAGUAAUUGUAUGAAGUCAUAGAUACUACUGCACUUCACCACCGAUCUUAGUAUUAGGAUGAAUUAAAAUUUCUUGAAAUCA